UCUCUCUCAUCUGUCUCUCUCACUUCCACACACCUCCCUCCCUCUCUCCUCCCUCCCUCCCUCGCUCUGUGCCGCUCAUGUUCCUGGCAUUCGGCUGAGGAGUCUGCAGAGGCUGGCAGUUCACUGUGGAAUGAGUCGGAGACGCUGAGGGAUCCAGCCUUGGGUUUCUGCUCUCAGCCAGUGGAGCCUCCACACACUUCGGUGCUCCUUCUACGCUGCCGGUGUCUCUCCUGGAGCCUCCCUGCCCUCCCUGCUGUGACUCGGUGGAUGUAGGGGCCACACAGGGGUGCCUCUGCCAUCCUCUCCUCCUUCACUUCUCCUUUUUUUGGAAUUCAACUGAACGACAAACGCUGGAUCUUUGAGCUCCGGGAACAGAUUUAGGGGAGUUUUGGUCGACCCCACCACUUCUAUCCUAUUUGCCCCCCCCAUCCCGGGGGUGUGGGUCUUUAACCUCCCCGCCCCCAGUCGGCCCUCUGGACCCCUCGGAAGGAUGACGGAGGUGCUGGUGUCUGACCGCAGCCUGAGCUCGGUGUGUGAGUGCCUGGAUCGCUGCUGCGUGGAGACUGGCCUGGCUGACCCCCCCAGCAAGCGCCCCCUCAACACCGGGGCCAAGCUGUGGGGCCGCGUGCGCAGCAAGCUCCUCCGGCAGAAGCUGGACCCACAGACUGUACAGUCCAAGAACUGGCACAUGGACGUCAUAGAGAUGAAUGGGAUCAAAGUGGAGUUCUCCAUGAAGUUUACAAGUCGUGACUUGAGUUUGAAACGGACGCCGUCCAAAAAGCAGAGUGGAGUGUUCGGUGUCAAAAUUAGCGUGGUGACCAAACGCGAGCGCUCCAAGGUGCCUUACAUCGUACGCCAGUGCAUCGAGGAGGUGGAGAAGCGGGGCAUCGACGAGGUUGGCAUCUAUAGGAUCUCCGGGGUGGCCACCGAUAUCCAGGCCCUAAAGGCAGCCUUCGAUACAAAUACCAAAGACAUCUUAGUGAUGCUCAGUGACAUGGACAUCAACGCCAUCGCGGGGACACUGAAGCUGUACUUCCGGGAGCUUCCGGAGCCACUGCUCACAGACCGCCUGUACCCAGCCUUCAUGGAGGGCAUUGUGCUGUCGGACCCUGCUGCCAAGGAGAACUGCAUGAUGCACCUGCUGCGAUCAUUGCCUGACCCCAACCUUAUAACCUUCCUCACCCUCCUGGAACACCUCAAGAGGGUUGCCGAGAAGGAGCCCGUCAACAAGAUGUCCCUCCACAACCUGGCCACUGUCUUUGGCCCCACUCUGCUGAGACCCUCCGAGGAGAGCAGCAAGGGCCAUGUCACGCUGGCCUCUGACAUCUGGUCACAGGACGUCAUGGCACAGGUCCAGGUUCUCCUGUACUACCUGCAGCACCCGCCCAUCUCCUUCGCUGAGCUCAAGCGUAACACUCUCUACUUCUCCACGGAUGUGUAGCCUGGAUCUGGGAGCAGGCAUCACUGCAGGACAGAGGCCAGCACCAUCCCCACCUUUUUACUGUACAGUGCCAGCAAGAGCUGGUGGGGGGCAAAAAAAAAUACACUGUGCUCCCUUUGCAUUUCUUAGUCAUGUUUUUGUGUAAUUUUUGUGUUAAGCGUCAACCCAAUCCAUGGCUGGUGAAAGGCAAAGAGCGGCAAUCUCACCCCAUGGCCAGGCAGCGCCCCCCACCCCUGCCCUUGGGUCCAUUCUUUGCCCCGGUGCAGGGCUCUGGGCAUCAGAGCGAGACCUAGACUCUUCCCCUCGUCCACCUCUCUACCUGAGAUCCCAUUUCUCCCUCCCAUUCCAUCCAUCCUCCCCAGCCAGUGCAGUGCCACGCCACCGUACAUACUGGUGAUACGUGGGCAGAACCACGGGGAACCCCUGCUGUGGUGGCGGCGCGGUGACGAGGCCGUGGGAACAAGUGCAACGCGGCGUGAACUCUGUGCGUGGUGCUUGUCUGUCCAUUUAGUAAUUCCAGAACGUUCUGUUACUUGUUCCCUCCCCAGAGACAUUCCAGAAGUGGCAUCUAUAUGUUUUAUAAAUAUUUGUUCAGUGGUUUCCUUUCAUCUCUUUUGAUUUGUGCAAGUGAAGAGGGUACGUGUGCGUCUCCCAGGAGCGAGGAGGGGUGUGGCCUGAAACACGAAACUGCCCACUCUGCACCCAAAAGUGUGUGCAACCCCAGGAGUGCAGAGGGGUGCGGCCCCGCCCUGUUUGCACCCGAAAGCGUAUGCGUGUCCGUUUGAGGAAGGCAGCCCUCUCCUGUGAGCUUAGGCCAAAUCUGCCAUAUUUAUUAUAAAUAUAUAUAUAUAUAAAUAUAUUAAGUGUGCCUGUACAGUUCAGUACAUUAAUAGAAUUACUCUGCGGAGUUCAUUGUGACCCUGUAGUGAUGUUUUAGUUGAGCGCUCAUGGAAAGCCACCGUUGACUGACCUGUACCGUAAUGAUACCAUGAACAAAAUUCUGAUGGGUGAUUCGUUUAAAAAAAAAAAAAAGAAAAAAAAAAAGUCAUGUAUGAGGGGUAAACUGAAUAGAAAUGAGGGAAUGUGGCAAGUUUCAUUUUAAGACACUCCAUUGCAAGCCAAUUCUGCGUAUGACAGCUUUCUAGGUCACCUUGCGGACCAUUUAUAUACCUACCCUCACUGCAUGUCAAGCUUGUCAGUGGUUGGCUGUAUGACAGAGACAGAGGUCAGACAUCGGUUUUCCUGCUCUGGCCACAGGGAUUUCUGUAGAGAUAUACAGACUCAGCCCCCCUGCUGUCAAGCCUACAACAUAUCUUAAAAUACGCACUGUUAGAGGAGUACUAUUUGAUAUUUUUAAUAUGAUUAAAGAAAAUCGAAACCAUGUAUUUUACUUCCAUUCGGGAGAUACUGAGUAUACUGUAUCAACGAUAAGGUAAAUGUCAGUGUGAAAUGUUUUUUAGGAAAAUAAAAGUGUACUGAAGAGCC